UCCUCCAUCUUCAUAAUUAAAAAAGUAGAAAGCCACAAUGAAAUAUACACUCUGCAAUUGCCAUACAUUUUUUCUUCUUCUUCUUCUUCUUCUGCAUCUUUCUCCAGAAUUGGAUGCAUGCGGCUCCAUAGUUAAGUCGCUUCCAGGAUUUGAAGGACCACUCCCAUUUCACCUAGAAACCGGAUAUAUAGGCGUGGGUGAAUCGGAAGAGGUCCAACUUUUCUACUAUUUUAUCAAGUCAGAAUCAAAUCCAGAAGAAGACCCUCUUUUCCUUUGGAUCUCUGGCGGCCCAGGUUGCUCUUCCUUUUUCGGAAUUGUUUACGAUGUUGGGCCGCUGAGUGUUGAUGCAGUAGACUACAAUGGCAGCCUGCCCACUUUAUCAUUGAAUCCUUAUUCAUGGACAAAGGUGGCCAACUUUAUUUUUUUGGACUUACCGGUUGGCACGGGAUUUUCAUAUGCAACCACUCCCCAAGCUAAUAGCUCGGAUAAUUUGCAAGCGGCUAACCAUGGUUAUCAGUUUAUUCAAAAGUGGCUUGAUUUGCACCCAGAAUUCGUAAGGAAUCAAUUUUACGUUAGUGGAGACUCAUAUUCUGGUAUUACUGUUCCAAUGAUUACUCAUGUUAUAUCAGAUGGAAUUGAGGCAGGAAUUACUCGGAUUAAUCUUAAGGGAUAUUUACUUGGGAAUCCAGUAGCAACACCAAAUGAUGAUGAUUAUAAAGUCCCAUUUGCACAUAACAUGGGACUUAUUUCUGAUGAACUCUACGAGUCACUAGUUAAAACUUGCAAAGGAAAAUAUCAAGAUGUCGAUCUUCACAAUUCGCAAUGUUUGAAGGAUACUGAAACUUUCAAUCAGUUGAUUAGUGGAAUAUAUGCGGCCCACAUUCUAGAGCCAAUAUGUCUUGAUGAUUCAGCUUCUGCAAAACUUACAAAAUCAUAUGGUUUGAGAAGAUCAGUCACAGAGACGUUCAAAAGGCUCAGGAAUCCCACUCUACUUCCUGGCAUUAAAUGUCGGGAUGAUUGGUGUCGGCUAUGUGAGUAUUGGGCUAAUGAUCAGAGUGUACAAGAAGCCUUGUAUGUUCGAGAGGGCAGUGUUGGAAGAUGGGAGAGGUGUGCUUCAAAUUUGCCUUUCACAAAGACAGUUGAUAACACAGUACCGUAUCAUGCAAGUCUUAGCACAAAAGGCUACAGAUCUCUUAUAUAUAGUGGUGACCAUGACAUGAUAGUACCGACUAUUGCAACCGAAGCAUGGAUAAAAUCUUUAAAUUACUCGAUUGUGGAAGAGUGGCGUCAAUGGAUGGUUGAAGGUCAAGUAGCCGGAUAUACCCGGACUUACUCUAACAGGAUGACAUUUGCCACGGUGAAGGGAACUGGACAUAUUCCUCCCGAGUGGAAACCUUUGGAAUGUUUGGCUAUGUUCAAUAGGUGGAUAUCAAAAUUACCCCUUCCUUUUUUUAACCUAAAAUUAAUAGCGCAUCUUCAAUUAAAUUCGCUUCCAGGAUUUGAAGGACCACUCCCAUUUCACCUAGAAACCGGAUAUAUAGGCGUGGGUGAAUCGGAAGAGGUCCAACUUUUCUACUAUUUUAUCAAGUCAGAAUCAAAUCCAGAAGAAGACCCUCUUUUCCUUUGGAUCUCUGGCGGCCCAGGUUGCUCUUCCUUUUUCGGAAUUGUUUACGAUGUUGGGCCGAUGAGUGUUGAUGCAGUAGACUACAAUGGCAGCCUGCCCACUUUAUCAUUCAAUCCUUAUUCAUGGACAAAGGUGGCCAACUUUAUUUUUUUGGACUUACCCGUUGGCACGGGAUUUUCAUAUGCAACCACUCCCCAAGCUAAUAGCUCGGAUAGUUUGCAAGCGGCUAACCAUGGAUAUCAGUUUAUUCAAAAGUGGCUUGAUUUGAACCCAGAAUUCGUAAGGAAUCAAUUUUAUGUUAGUGGAGACUCAUAUUCCGGUAUUAUUGUUCCAAUGAUUACUCAAGUUAUAUCAAAUGGAAUUGAGGCAGGAAUUACUCGGAUUAAUCUUAAGGGAUAUUUACUUGGGAAUCCAUUUACGACACCAAAUAAUGAUGAUUAUAAAGUCCCAUUUGCACAUAACAUGGGACUUAUUUCUGAUGAACUCUACGAGUCACUAGUUAAAAAUUGCAACGGAAAAUAUCAAGAUGUCGCUCAUCACAAUUCGCAAUGUUUGAAGGAUACUGAAACUUUCAAUCAGUUAAUUAGUGGAAUAUAUUCGUCCCACAUUCUAGAGCCAAUAUGUCUUGAUGAUUCAUCAGCUUCUGCAAAACUUACAAAACCAUAUGGUUUGAGAAGAUCAGUCACAGAGACGUUCAAAAGGCUCAGGAAUCCCACUCUACUUCCUGGCAUUAAAUGUCGGGAUGAUUGGUAUCGGCUAUGUGAGUAUUGGGCUAAUGAUCAGAGUGUCCGAGAAGCCUUGUAUGUUCGAGAGGGCAGUGUUGGAAGAUGGGAGAGGUGUGCCUCAAAUUUGCCUUUCACAAUAUCAGUUAGUAACACGGUACCGUAUCAUGCAAGUCUUAGCACAAAAGGCUACAGAUCUCUCAUAUAUAGUGGUGAUCAUGAUAUGAUGGUGCCAUCUAUUGCAACCGAAGCAUGGAUAAAAUCUUUAAAUUACUCGAUUGUGGAAGAGUGGCGUCCAUGGAUGGUUGAAGGUCAAGUAGCCGGAUAUACCCGGACUUACUCUAACGGGAUGACAUUUGCCACGGUGAAGGGAACUGGACAUAUUCCUCCCGAGUGGAAACCUUUGGAAUGUUUGGCUAUGUUCAAUAGGUGGAUAGCUUAUGAAAGUCUUUAAUUAAUUUAUAAGACAUCUCUAGCGUGUGAUAUUGAAGAUGUCAACUUAUAAUAAUUGUGCAAUAAAUGAUUCAUGUGAGCUCGUUUCCCACGAUGAGAAUUGUAAUGAAUUGUAUUAACAGUGAUGAAUUACAAGAGUACAAGACCUAAGUAUAUAUACAAGAGGAGACUGAGGGAGAGAACUGUAAUGAAUUGUAUUAGCAGUGAUAAUUACCAGA